GGAGCCCCGAGGCGGCCACCCACCGGCGAUGGCCCAGGGCGCUGGGCUGCCCCUGAGGCCCGGCGCCCUCCCCGAGCGGCGUCGCCCGUGCCGCAGACCUGACGGCCUGGUGGCUCCCGAGAGGCUCCGGGCCUGGGCGGCCGCCGCCGACCCCUCGGCCCCGGAAUACCAGUGGACCCUACGGAACGUGGGGCCGUCGUGGGCGCCCCGGCUCGAUGGAAGGCCGAGUCGGCGGGGGCGCCCGUCCAGCCGUUCGCCCCGCAAGCGGAGGGGCCCGGGCCUCGGGGUCACAGCGCCCCGGGAGACGACGCGGGAGACAACACGUGGGCCCGCGGCGCCGUGGGGAUUUUAAGGAAACAGAGGAGCAAAAUGGGGAGAAGAAAUGGUGAGAACUGUGGCAUCAACCUGCGCAUGUCGAACAUCUCUCAUGAGAACUUACCUCACUGGAAUUUGGACUCAGAAGUACCUGUUCCUGAAAAUAAAAACCUCCCACCUGGAAAGGAUAGUGCAGCAGGUGGCAAAAUUAACAAGAACCAUUUGGAAAUUCCAGUAGAGCAACUGAUGUUAGAACUUAAUUUGUCAGAGCAUGCUCACAAAAGAACACAGAAUAGUAAACAAGAGAUAUUUCAGUUCUGGAGUGGUCCUCUUAAUGAAGGAAGUACCAUGGAGACCAGGCUCUUCACUCUGAACCACUCACUAACAAAGGCUUCAGUUGAUAAACAAGCUGGUUCUUACUCUGGACUGCAGACGCCAUUAGGUCUCUGCUGGCCCUAUGCUGAUGGAGACUUUUUUAAGGACAGCAAAGAGCCUCAUAUUAAUUUAUGUUCAACCACAGAAAAUAAUGGUGAAACUUUAUCUGCUCCAAACUGGAAUUUGAAAUAUGGAAACAGCAGUGUAGAAGAUUUAACAGAUGAAAGUGAUUUAUCAGAAAAUGAAAAAACAAAUGAUACUUUACUCAGCUAUUUUAAAAAGAUGGACCUGAAUUUAAAGCCAGAAAUAAUAGAAAAUGUUGAAGAAUCUUUCCCUGAGGAACCAAGUGAAGUAUUUUCGUAUCCUGAUUUUCUCCCUCCUCCUUUCAAUACUCUGGACUUGCACAAAUUAGCCCUCUCAAAAUCUGAAAAUUGGAAAGGAACAGUGGACUCUCUGGAAAGCUGCACUGAACAUUUGAUAACUCGUUUACUGGAAAUGGAACGCUUGCAGCAUAUGACUAUACAAAAAGAGAGGCCAAGACUACAAAGUACCUUCUGUUCUUCAGCGGUCACCGAUCUACCCUCUUCCUCCAAAACUAUACCCAAAAUUAGACAGCCAAAACUUUCUGACUCUGUGAGUCUUCAGACAACUUGUGUAGAUAAAAGUAGAGAAAAAAGAAAAAUCAGUUCUGGUUCUUACAAGCUUGAACAAAAUGCUUCAAAAUGGAAUUGGAGCAAUGUUGACAAAUAUAAAUGGAAUUGUAGACCAUCUCUGAAAAGUUCAUCCACAACAAAACAACUGAUGGGAACUUAUGAUUAUUUUAAGAACCCCAAAAGCUCCAUUUUAAAUUCAUGCCAAGAACUCUCGACCAAGCCUACUACUGCCCAAACAACUCAAUCACUGGUUAAAAUGGUCUCAACAAGAUCUUGCCUGCCAUCAAAGUCUCCAAUACCAGUUUCACCCAUACCUCUGACUUUUCCUGAAAAUCUGAGGGAGGAAAUUAAAGGAUCAAGGACAAAAAAGAGAUUUUACCAAAAAAACAUAGUAUUGAGCAGACCAUUCUACAUUCAGAAGCUAAACUGUUUAUCACCUUCAUUUAUACCUAAGGAUAAGUGCUCACCCAUUGAGCAAAAGUAACUUGUUUUUUCAUACAUCUCAAUGUGAGCGAAUGUAUUCCAGGAAGCCCAGCUAAAAUAUGGUUCAUCAUUCCGAGAUGCAGGUAUUAAACACACACACACACACACACACACACACACACACACACACACGUGAUCUAUGGAGUGGAACUUGUGGAAAUCACUGCUGAGAUACCUAUAUAUCAAUCCAAGGGCUUCCAUACUGACAUAGUU